UGGAAGUAGUUCCGGGUGCUCGAGCGAGCGAGCGGGUUCCCGGAUGUUCGCUGCUGAGUGGAAGCAGACGGGAGAAGGUGGAGGAGCCCAGGGACGACACUGACCCACACACCGGCCGGGGCGACGCGGGUAUAGCCCGGGACAGGCACCGAAAGCGACAGCGCCCGGGGGGGGGAAAGGAGUCCAACCCCCUGGGGGAAGAAGCAGCGGUGGAAGGGGUGGGGGCAUUGUUGUUCCCGCACAGACCUGGACCGGUCCAACACCACCUACCCGGGACUGCCGUUGGCAUAGGCACCCAGGAGCAGCAGCAGCAGCAGCGGCCAGCACACUGUGACUCGGGGGCGCCCUCUCCUCUCGCUCGCUCUCCCUCGCCCUGUGGAGCACCUCGCCGGGCGCAGCCAUGACGUCGGAGCUGGAGAGCAGUCUCACCUCCAUGGACUGGCUGCCGCAGCUCACCAUGAGGGCGGCCAUCCAGAAGGCGGACGCGGCGCAGAACGCCCACGGGCCGGGCAUGGCCAAGAAGGGCGCCUUGCUGGACCCCAACACCACCCUGGACCAGGAGGAGGUGCAGCAGCACAAGGACGGCAAGCCGCCCUACAGCUACGCCAGCCUCAUCACCUUUGCCAUCAACAGCUCUCCAAAGAAGAAAAUGACUCUGAGCGAGAUCUACCAGUGGAUCUGUGACAAUUUCCCUUACUACAGAGAGGCUGGCAGCGGGUGGAAGAACUCAAUUCGGCACAAUCUGUCCCUGAACAAGUGUUUCCUCAAAGUGCCUCGCUCUAAAGAUGACCCAGGGAAGGGGUCCUACUGGGCAAUCGACACGAAUCCAAAGGAGGACACACUGCCCACCCGGCCAAAGAAGAGGCCACGAUCUGGAGAGCGGGUNUCCACGCCAUACAGCCUGGACUCGGAUUCCUUGGGAAUGGACUGCAUCAUCUCUGGAAGUGCCUCUCCGACUCUGGCAAUCAACACUGUGACUAACAAGGUAGCAUUGUACAACACAGACCAGGAUGGGAGUGACAGUCCCCGAAGCAGCCUUAACAACAGCCUCUCUGACCAGAGCCUGGCGUCGGUCAACUUGAACAGCGUGGGCAGCGUGCACAGCUACACCCCGGUUACCAGCCAUCCCGAACCUGUGUCCCAGUCCAUGAGUCUCCAGCAGCAGCCCCCCCAGCCCCAGUACAGCAUGUCAGAGCGGGAAAAGCAGAUCCUCUUCCCCGACUACAACUUUGAAGAUCUCAGUGCCUCCUUCCGCAGCCUUUACAAGGUCGUCUUUGAGCAGCCGUUGAGCCAGCAGGGUCUGAUGAGCAUGUCCUCGGAGUCGACGCAGCAGACCCACACCUCUUGUUCCUACCAGCACUCCCCCAGCAGUACCGUCAGCACCCACCCCCACAGUGGCCCGAACACCAUCACCAACAGUGCGGGGCAGGUGCCCCUUUCUCACCCCGCGCAGAUCCAGAACACCCACUCUGCCCACAGCUCACCACACGGGCAGCACCUCUCCCAGCACCCCCAGCACAGCCAGCAUCCCUCUCAGCACCCAGCGCACGGGCAGCACGGACAGCACCCUCAGCAGCACGGACAGCACCCCUCCCAGCACCCUCAGCACCCGUCCCAGCAUGCACAGCAGCAUGGGCAGCACCCGUCCCAGCAUGCACCGCAGCACGGGCAGCACCCGUCCCAGCAUCCACAGCAGCACACCCCGCACCCCUCCCAGCAUGCACAGCAGCAUGGGCAGCACCCUUCCCAGCAGCAGCAACAACAACAACAGCAACAGCAGCAACAGCAGCAGCAGCAUCAAAACCACCAGCACCAGUCCCUCUCACAUGCCCAGCAACAGAUGGCCUGCAGUACUGCUCUUUCCACAGACUGGUAUCCCAAUCUUGAUGCACUGAAGGAGAGCUGUCGGAUUGCCAGCAGUUACAACUGGGCAGAUGUGGAUCUCUCGCCCUUUCAAGGGUUAAAAGAGAGCAUGAGGCAGGCAGAUCUCAAUAACUGGUCUCUGGACCCUGCGCAGAUUGCUGACCUUUGCUCUUCAAUCAACCAGUUCUUCACCCGGACUGGGGUUAUCCCACCCCAGGGGGCGGUGCAGCCACCAGUGUGUCAUGGCACCAUGCACUCCAACAAGCCCAGCCAGCACAUCACCACAGGAAACCUGUACAUGGACUCCAGACAAAACAUGCCGGCGUCGAUGAUGGGGCCCCCAGGGUACCCCCACAUGCCCCCCAUGAGCAGCGCAGGCCCCACUAUGACAGGACAUCACGCCCCCAUGAACCAGCAGCACAUGAUCCCCACCGGGAACUUCCAGAUGCGUCGGCUGCCUCCUGACGACAUCCAGGACGAUUUUGACUGGGACUCCAUCGUGUAGGCCUUCCCCCUCCCCAGCGCCGACGGCAGGAGCAGGGAGGGGGAGGAGGAGGAGAGGCAGCUUGCCAGGCCGGGCUGUCCGAGCGCCGGAGAUGGAGACAAUCUCGACGGGAACCUUCGGAAGUACAGGUGUCACUGCGCCAAGAAAACUUCGGAGUCCUGAUCAUUUUAAAGGAAAAAAAAAAGUUACUUUGAAGACAAUCAUAUUUAGUAGGACAAGUUUAAAUUAUCGCUUUUUUCAUACUUGUCAUGGGACAAGUCAGUAGGUUUUUAUUUUGUCAAGACACACACCCCCCUCAUCUCCACCCAGCCCGCUCUGGACUCCCUUUCGCAGAGUCCUCGUAGUCCUCGACUGGGGUGAGAUCUGGGCAACUUUAUCGCCAAGUAUGCUUCUCGUAUCGACUGGUACAGGCCUCGGCCACCACUCGGACAAAUCCGUCACUUCGUUCUUCUCUCCAAUCCACGUGGGCUGCUUCCUGGCAGGGGACAGGAGGAGAGGCAGGGGCCUGGAGACUCGUGGUGUGCAGCUCCGGCCGGGUGACGAGAGGAGCUCGCUGAGGGGUCAGUCAGCCGGCCUGGUCCGUUCCCAGGUGAAAUUCCCAGCUCGUCCCUCAAGACAUGCUCAAAACGCCCAGCAUGCUGGCGCUAUCGAUUUAAUCGUCAGCUCCUUUCUUUAAGACUCCCGAUUCCCCUCCCCCGCGCAAAACAAAAACUUAACAGGAGUUAGAACUAAACGAUUUCUAAUUUGUUUAUUAUUGGAAAGAAGCGUACCUCCAUCGUGUUUGUCCUUCCCUAUUUAUUUGUAGUGCAUCGCAGUCACGCCACUCACAGCACUAGAAACCUUGUGGAAAAAAAACGUUUCUAGCAAUUUCAGACAGAGACGAAUACCUUCACGUUGUUUAUUUGUAUCCUAGGUAAAUGUGUCUGAAUGUCUGCAAGUACAAUCUCCCUCUUUGCACUUGAAACUCAUUAGUUUAAAGCACUGGGUUCAGAAAAGGCUUCCAUAUGUCUCAUUUCCUGACCUUCAGGAGCUGGGUUUUCUCUGUACUUGCUAAUGGGAAAACUACAUCCAGAAUCAAAGGGGCGAGGUUUAAUUAGCAAACAGCGGCGCCGAGAGGAAGGGUCUGUGUGAAGUGUCUACGAUAGUAAAGGCGCAGGGUUAGGUCCUGGAUCUGAGAACCUUUUGUCGAUCUGGAACUGAGCCGAGCUUUGUAAUUCUUUAAUUGCCAGUAACCUUGUCAUUUGUGAGGCUGGUAAUGUGUACGCCAGGGAUAAUUAAGCAGUGUUUUCAGACAAUGAGGUUCACAGUCACUUUCCCAUGUCCUUUGUUCACCUUUUCUUGGGGGGGCCGGAGAGGGAGCCUAUAGACAACUCGGCUAAGGGCCUUUCACACCCCAGGGUGCAACUUUUGAAUUUUGCGAGCGCAGGGUUGUUGACAAUCUGCUCGGCUCGGUUGCCAAGUGUCUGGUUUCACAGACAGAUUUCUCCCGGAGCUUCGAACGAGGCGAUGUAGCAGCGGCGCGCUUGGCCUGAGCCCCCACAGAGAUUCGGUGGGUUGUACCAGCCCCGGGUGGGGAGGGAGACCAGUGUGAGAGUGCUGCCUUGAUAAGGAAGGGUGGAAAGUGCAGACAUGGCACAGUGAAGACCCCAGUUUGGUCCUUCCUGCUGCAGUUGAAUCAGUGCCGAGAUUGUAGAUCGGAGCGCCCCCUAGUGGGCGUUUCCUUGUCCAAAGCUCUGCGAAUUCUUUACUGGCUGAUUGCAGUGAUGAGAUAUUUCCUUCAGUGGUUUAUUUAGUAUUCAAGCUGUACUUGCAAUCAGACUUCACAGCUAUUCUAAUCCCAAAACGGUUUGCUUCAGUGUUUUUUUAAUAUGAAAUGUACAGCUUUUUUAUUUUUUCUCUUGGCAAUUUUUUUUUAAAUCAGAAUGUUUAAACCCAUACAUUGAGACUAUCUGGCUCACUGUAUAUAUUAAAAUAGCUACUUCAAGAAAGUAUAAAGGGUUGUCUUGGCUGCUAGAAUGUUAAUUCCCAUCUUAAAAAAGAGACUCGUUUGGCAACGGGCGUUUUCAGUCUUUCCCUGACAGUUCAUUCUCAUCACUGUAGUUACUAAGGCGCAGGGCAGAUGGGGCGUCAGGGGUUGGAUUUAGCGGCAGUACCCAGCGCAAGGUCACUUUGGGGGACACGUGUGGAUGGUUUGGGAGACUCCCCGGCAGUGGUGAAGCCCCGAUUCCUGGAGACCCCAGUUCCUGAUCACUGAAUCACUGUGUGACCGUGGGGGCGACUCCAUGUGCCUUACUGUGCCCCCAGCUUUCCAUGUGGGCGCUUGCUGUGCUCGGCCCAGCAGUGCAGUUGAACUGUGGAGUCCCUCUGAUGAGGACGGGGAGGGGGGCGUGGCACGGUGUGUGUGUGUGUGUGUGAGUGAGUGUGAAAGAGCUGCACUGCCAGCCCAUCAGCCCUCGGUGCUCUCCCCUAGAUGAGCACAAUGCAAAAACUGUGAUGGGGAGGAGAGCCAAGGGAUCUGAGGUGUAUGUUGCUGAACUGCUACAAAAGCCAAACACUUUUUUUCUUUUCUGAGCCCCCAUCCAUGCUUACAGCUCCUUGUCAAGCAGAGAAGGACAGAAGCCCCAGCUGGAGGCUUUAAGGCGAGAGAGAAGCAGAGGUGGCCGGCCCUAGUGAUCGGUGCCGGUCCUCGCUAAUACUGCGGCCGCCCAGCCCUCUUCCCCUCCUUCCAGCGGUCCCUCCUCGGUGGGGGGCCGGGGGGGGGAGGGGGUCCUGUGUGGGGACUGCACCCGGACCCAGGCCAGCCUGAGAACAGCUGGGCUCUGCCGCUGCCCACUCCUGGCAGAACCACACAGGUGUGCCCACCGACACGCGGGGGCACUGCCCUGGCGGACUGCCCGCAGUCACACCUCAUCGCCGGCCUCAGCCUUGCUGUUCUCUUGUUUUCCGUGCUGCUUUUUAUUCGUGUUCUGUGUUUUUUUUUUUUCCUGAAAUUAAAAAGGCAUCCAUAUUUGA